AUUGACUAUAAACUGCUAGAAUCUAACAUUCUUGGUACAAAUUGUGGCUUUCACGUCUUGGACACGCAUGUAUCAGCAGUUAUUACUUAAUAGGGUAUAAUAUAGACAGCCAUCGGCAUUAAAACAACCUCACACCCCUGUAGAGAAGACAAAGAAACUAUUACACCCCUAUAAGGGACACGUAUUCAAACAACUACCUUCUCCCAAAGUAACCUCCUUUCUCCAUACAUCUCUUGUCUGUUUCUGCCAUAUUGAAUUGAAUUUAACCAUGCCGUACAAAUCGCGCUGGCGGAUCGAUGUCCCCGACACCCACCUGGUAUCGAUCCUACUGACCUCACCCACCGCACCACUAUCCAAGACCGAUAGAUGUUUCUUGGACGCCGAACACCCGGACACGCAUUAUUUCACGACUCAUGACUUCCGGCUCUGGAGUCAACGAUUUGCGGCCGGACUCCGAAAGUCGGAUCUGCGUCCGGGCGACCGCGUGCUGAUGUUCUCUGGAAACGACCUGUUCUUCCCUGUGCUAGAAUCAUCAUGGUGGGAGGUAUUUUCACGGGCGCGAACCCGAUGUUCGUGCCGCGUGAGCUGGCCUAUCAGCUAAAGGAUAGCGAUGCGACGUAUUUGAUCUGUGCGCGUGCUAGCCUAGACACGGGCCUCGAGGCAGCCAGGCUAGUUGGCAUGAGUCGAGACAGGGUAUUUGUUUUCGACAACGCCCUAUACGAUGGCCCAGGUGUCGGCAAAAAUGGGUGUCGAUACUGGGGCGAGCUGGUCGCAUCCCCAGAAGAAGGCGAGGGAUUUGCCUGGGAGGAGUUGACAACAAUCGAGCUAGCCGAUCGAACCCUCGCGCUGAACUACUCCAGCGGUACCACGGGCCGACCCAAAGGCGUCGAGAUUACCCAUAAGAACUACGUCGCCAACAUGCUGCAGUUCACGUACAUUGAGCGUCUUCAUCCAAACUAUGAGGCGAAGCGGGCUCGCAAACGCUGUCUAUGCUUCUUGCCGUUGUACCAUGCUAUGGCGCAGAUGAUUAUGAUUGCGGCGACUUUAGCGCUGAACACGCCCGUGUAUAUCAUGCCGAAAUUUGACUUCAUCCGGAUGCUCGAAUACACGCAGAAAUACCGCAUUACUGACAAUGUUGUCGUGCCACCUAUUGUGGUUGCCUUGGCCAAACACCCGGCGGUCAAACAGUAUGAUCUGAGUAGUGUUGAGGAUAUAGGGUGUGGCGCUGCGCCAUUAAGCAGGGAAGUCUGUGAGCAGGUGCAGGCCCUGUGGCCUCCCGGAAAGGUGAAUAUCAGGCAAGGUUAUGGGAUGACUUAGUAAGGUUUCCUUUCGCCAUUUUCAAUACAGUUGCAUAUGCUCAUGAAUGACGUAACAGAACCACCUGUUCGGUGAUGAAUUGGGAUCCCAGAGAGAAGGGGUUUUCGGCUGCGGUUGGGGAAGCUGAACGCCAACUGUGAAGCUAAGAUCAUGGCUGAGGACGGCGUGACUGAACUCCUAGAGCGUAAACAACGCGGGGAGUUGUGGGUGCGCGGACAGAAUGUCAUAAAAGGGUACUGGCAAAAUCCGGAGGCGACCAAAGCAACCAAAACGGAAGAUGGGUGGCUCAAGGCAGGCGAUGUUGCUUUUGUGGAUGACCAUGGCAAGUUCCACAUUGUAGACCGACUGAAGG